CCAAAACAAAAACGUCCACUACUGUCCGCCGCUGCUUUCCUCCACGGAGGCUUUUAAAACAUGUCACUGGGAAAAUAACAUCCCGGCCGGCAGCACAGAGCCGCUCCGAGCCUUAGGUCGCUGCUUCUGGCUCUAACAACUCAUUUUUAACGUUAGCUUAGUUUAGCUUAGCUUGGCCCCUCCAUGGCGUCCUCAGCGGGGCACCCACCGCUCGAUCCGGAUCGCGCCGCUUCGUCCUCCGGCUCUCACUCCGGAGCCAGACCACCUCUGCGUCCCCACCACCCGCAUCCGGCUCACUCCACCCCGGGCUGCGUGAUGGUGGAGUCGGUGGACGACGCGGAGGGUCUGUACGUGGCGGUGGAGCGGUGCCCCCUGUGCAGCACGUCCCGCCGCAGGCUCACCUGUGCCCGGUGCGUCCAGGCCGGAGACUUCGUGUACUUCGACGGGAGGAACACAGAGAGGUACACUGAUAAGUUGGAGCGUCUGAAGAAGCUGAAGGAGGAGAAGGAGCAGCUGCAGACGAGCGUCCUCCAGGCCAUGGACAGGAAGCUGCAGGCUGACGAGAUGAAAUGGAAGAUCAUGUCCUGUAAGAUGAAGAUCGAGCAACUGAAGGAGGCGGUCGCCUGGGGCAACGAGGAGGUGAAGAGCGAUAAGGAGCUUCUGGUUCGGUCUCAGGAAGAAGCUCAGCGGCUGCAGCGACGAGCCGGACGCCAUCAGGAGAAACGGGACAAAAUCGAACGUCACAACCGGCGUCUGGGAGAACUUCUGGAGAGACGAAGCAAGGAGCAGCAGAGUCGACUGAGUCAGCUGGCGGCUCUGAGGAGGGAACACAUCCUGGAACUGACCACCCACAUCUUCCCCACGCAGGAGGAGAAACAAGGAAGCAGAGACCCGGCUGACGUCGUGGCCGAGUGCGACUCGGCGCUGACCUCCAGCACGGUGAGCGAGCUGGCCGAGGCCCGGAGGACCACCUACCUGUCGGGUCGCUGGAUCUGGGACGACCAGAACGGAGAGACCAGCAUCAGCAUCACUGGGCCACCGGUCACGCUGCCGAGCAACGGAGACUGCUCCGCCUACUACAGCUGGGUGGAGGAGAAGAGCACCAAUCAGGGCCCAGAGUUGGACCACAUUAAUCCCGCCCACACCAUCAGCGCCGCCCUCUGCUACGCUACGCAGCUCGUCACCAUCUUAUCCCACAUCCUGGACGUCAACCUGCCCAAGAAGCUCUGCAACAGCGAGUUCUGUGGAGAGAAUCUGAGCCGUUAUCGCUUCACCAGAGCUCUGAGUAAACUCAACACCAACAUCCUGCAUCUCUGCUUCUCACAGCAUGUGGACAGCGAGAAGCUUCAUCCUCAUCACACCCUGAGGAACAUCAUGUUCCUGGUUGCCCCCGACAACGAAAACCUGGGCAGGACGGGUCCGUUUGAGGUCAGCGCCGACCUGGAGGAGUCGAUGGAGUUCGUGGAGCCGGAGGCGGCAGGUCCAGCCGAGGAGAGCGGAGACGAGGCGGUGACGGACGAAGAGACAGACCUGGGGACGGACUGGGAGACGGUACCCAGUCCUCGGUUCUGUGACAUCCCAUCACAGUCCAUGGAUCUUUCCCAGAGUGCUCUGCAGGUUUCUCAGCCUUCAGCCAACACUGGAGGGAUGAUAUCUUCUGCUGCUGCCUCCGUCACCUCCUGGUUCAGAGCCUACACCGGCCAGCGCUGAUCGACCCGGAUCAGGACCGAAGGCUGGCAGGUCUCAAGCAUCCAGCCGCAGUUUAAAGUUUUACACAUCAGCUCCUGUUGCACUUUUACAAAGAAAGAGGUGACACUUGUCUUCAGCAGCAACCUGAAAGAUUUAAAAGCUGAAACAAUAAAAGUUUAACUCGACUUGCAAGUAGCUCCGGAUUCAAGAAGGCAAAUGUUGGUGAACUGGACUUGUAGCUCUUCAACUAGUCGAUAAAAAUCAGCAUGUUAUCUGUAGGUUGGCGAAGCAUUCGCAAAAGUACCACAGAGACACAAAAGAAUGCUGGUUUGUGGCUUUGCAACCCCAUAUCCACAAAGAUGGAAAAAAUGACCACAAACAGAUGAAGAGUGACCACAAAGAAACAAAAAACCAUCACAGAGACAAAAUUAAACACAAAGACACAAAACAACCACAGAAAGAUGCAAAUCGACCACCAAGAGAUACAAAAUGGCCACAAAGACACAAAAUGUCUGCAAAGUGACAAAAUGCAACCACAGAAAGACACAAAGUGGCCACAAAGAGACAUAAAAUGGCCACAAAGACACCAAAAAACCCCCAAAAAGAUGCAAAAUGGCCACAGAGAUGCAAAUUAACCACAAACGGAUGCAAAACAACCACAGACAUAAAACGGCCACAACGAGACGCAAAACAAACACAGAGAUGUAAAAUGGCCACAGAGGCACAAAAUGGCCACAAAGUGACAAAAACCAACCCCAGAAAGAUGCAAAGUGGCCACAAAGAGACGCAAAACAACCAUAUAGAAAUGUAAAAUGGCCACAGAGACAACUAGCAACUUCAGAAAGAUGUAAAAUGGCCACAAAUGGACAAAACAUGACUCUAGAGAUGCAAAACAACCACAAAGAGAUGCAAAACAACCCCAGAACGGCACAAAACGACCACAGAGACCCAAAAUAACCCUAGAAAGAUGUAAAAUGGCCUCAGAGACACAAAACAACCACAAAAACACGCAAAUCGACCACACAGUAACACAAAAUCACCACUAAACACCUCUAGAAUACAGAUCUACUUGCAAGCAGCUGCAUGACGAUAGACGUCUUCGAGUUUUAUUGAACUUUUAUGGAGUUUUUUUGAGACAAACACAAACUGACGACAAACUGAACACUAAAGAUCCUCUGACUGGAUUCAGACUAAACUAACCUAUAAUAAAUAGUUUAUUUACCUUCAGUUCAGCCUGAAUCCGACAACAAGGCUGAGGUCAUCUUUAUAGUCUGAGUCCUCACAGCUGCUGAUAAACUGUGAAAUCUAUUUAUUACACGUUUAUUGAUCAAUCAGCAUCGUUCGGACCUGCCAGCCGUCCGUCUGUCCGCCAACGCAAAGGGAAACUUUCCGUUUUUCACCCUCUUUUAUUUAGUUUUUAUGCGUUUGUGUGAUGACGGGAGGAAAUCGUGACGACGGAGGAAACCGUGACGACGAGGACGAUGAUGCAAAUGAACGUUGGUUGCCACGGCCAUAACGGACCCUGUUUACAAACUUGAACUCGACCAGACGGCGUUCACACUGGUUCAGAACCCGGAUUAAAGACAGUAAAUGGUCCAGGACAGAGAGGAUUCUCAGAACUGAACUGAGUCUGGGUUUCUGGUGGGACGUUUUACCAAGUGACACAAAGUGGUUCAAAGGAAACUUUCUGUUUUCAUUUAAAAUAAAGUCCUGUUUUCUGCUUUGGGCUCUCAA